GCGUCGGAAUCGAGCAAAAGCGGCAGCGUGUGGCUUACCUCAGCGUACCCGCGGUCCUUCCACCCCGACACCCAUAGAAACGGUCUCCUCUCCCUUUUCACAGAGAGCGUGAAGUGGUGUCGGCCAUGCUCUUUCUGGGCAGGGCACUUAUCUGAGGCCGGUCAAUUCCCGACGUGCUGCAAAUCUAUGGCAUUCCCUCCGAACCUCUCCCCUAUUAUGAAAAAACCAGUUUCCGCGCCGUCUGGUUCUCGGUCGUCUCAUCUUGAUCUGGCUCUAUUGACCGCAAGCCCGUCUCCCCGCCAUCUCUAAAGACUCGUUUUUUGUACCGUUGUGGGGAAAAAUACUUACAAGUAGGGUUGUUGAAAUGGAUGUGGUUGGAGUGCCCAGAAUUUACCGGGGGGGGGGGCUUGGGCCUUUGCUGCGGAGAACCUUGUCCGAAGAAUGUUGCUGGCACCCGCGGAUAAGCGUCUCGAAUGUGCUGUAGGCCGGAAAAUACGUGUUGCCCCUCUAGUGGGAUCCGUCUUCGCUUGUGUACGGGAGAUAAAGAGAAGCAGUCGGGAAAGGCUCUGAUUUUGUUUUAUUUUUUUAGGGGGACAUUCCUCUUUAUGCAGGCCAUGGUGGGGGAAGAGGGUCUGCAGUACGGGAGGGAUGUUUAUUAUUACAUUUAUUACACACUCUUCACCAGCAGGUUCCAGCAGCUUAACAUUCAAUAUUAAAAACAAUUAAAACGAAGUACAAGAAUAGGAAUAGGACCAUGCCCAAAAAAGGAGUGAGACGAGCUGGAAUGGAGACGGAACGUUUGCCAGGCAAAAAAGCAAAAGUGGGAGCAUCCUGCCCAUUACCUACAAAAUAUGACCAUCCAGAGAAUGUAUUUGAGUGUUUGAUCUCUCCUAUCAAACAAGAUGAAUUUUUCAGAGAAUACUGGGAACAGAAGCCACUGCUGCUUCAGAGAGAUGAGCCUUCUCUGGCAUUGUACUACCAGUCUCUGUUUCAGUUAACUGACCUGAAAGACAUAGUUAAACAGGGUUUGUACUAUGGAAGGGACAUUAAUAUCUGCAGAAGUAUGAAUGGAAAAAAAAAGAUUUUUAACAAAGUUGGCAGAGUUAGCUAUGAACAACUGAAGAAAGACUUUGAUCAGAGAAAGGCUACAAUACAAUUUCACCAGCCCCAGAGAUUUAAGGAUGAGCUGUGGAGGAUCCAGGAGAAGUUGGAGUGCUACUUUGGCUCAUUGGUUGGAUCUAAUAUUUACAUUACUCCUCCAGGAUCCCAAGGUCUGCCACCACACUAUGAUGAUGUUGAGGUGUUUAUCUUACAGCUGGAAGGAGAGAAGCACUGGCGGCUCUACCAGCCUACUGUAUGCUUAGCUCAAGGAUACAAUGUUGAACCUGAGGAGAAGAUUGGGACACCGACACAUGACUUCUUGUUAAAGCCAGGAGACUUGUUAUAUUUUCCAAGAGGAACCAUACAUCAAGCUGACACACCUCCUGGGGUAUCUCAUUCUACCCAUGUGACCAUCAGCACCUGUCAGAACAACUCUUGGAGAGAUUUUUUGCUGGACGUGGUUCCUGGACUUGUGUUGGAUACGGCAAAAGAAGAUGUUGAAUUUCGGAAGAGCAUUCCAAGGCAAUUACUGAUGAAGGUGGAUUUGUCUGAUUCAUCCAGGCAAUUAAGUGGCUUUCUGAGAUGCCUUGCAGACCGUCUGGAGGAUGGCAGAGACCUGAGAUCAUCUGACAUGAAAAAGGAUUUUAUUAUGAACAGACUACCUCCUUUCUUGGGGACUAGCUUUGACUCUCUGGCUCCAGGUGGAGUACUACCAGUAAUAGACAGCAUAAUCAGGCUACGGUUUAAAGACUACACAGUAAUCACAGUGGAACCAGAUCUUUUGGAUGAUAUGCACAAAGAAAUGAUUUUUGUCUAUCACUCCUUAAAGAACAAGAGGCAAGACCAUAUGAUGGGGGAUGAGGAUAUGAAUGAGGAAAGAAGAGCAGAGACUUAUGGGUUACGAUUUCCCCUCUCACAUAUGGAUGCACUAAAGCAAAUAUGGAGCUCUAAUGCUGUUUGUGUUAAAGAACUGAAUCUUACUUCAGAUGCCGAAAAAGAGAACUUGGUGUUAUCAUUGUGGAGUGAAUGGCUUGUUGAAGUAGUCUAAAAGUGUGAUCUAGCUAAAAUUAAGGAGACUUAAGAGUGCUUGACUUCAGUGGGAGAAUCAAGUGUGGUCUCAAAUAGCUCGUUGAAAUAGAAGGGACCUAAGGCAUGAUCCAGCCAAAGUUAAAUGGGCUUAAAUCUGCCCAUUGCACAGAAAGAGAAAAAUGUGACCCCUUGUAUAUAAAGGCUCUUUUAUAGCUUUUGUACAUGUAGUGAGGUGGGAGGUAGUAGAUUUAUUGGAUAUAAAAAGAGCACAUCGGAGGGUAGAGCAGGAAUGGGGAACCUGUAGACCUCCAGAACUUGUUGGACUCCCACCCAGCAUGGCUAAUAACUGGUGAAUUAUGGGAGUUUUAGUCUAGCAACAUCUGGAGGGCCACAGGGUUUCCACCCCUGAUAUAAAGCAUCUGCAGAUGAAUGUGAUGUGCUUUGUACUUUUCCAGGUAUCAGUGGUGACAAGUUCAGUAUACCUAAGUAAGGAACUGCUUUGCCAUACUAAAGCUAUUUGCUUCCUAAAAGUGACGACCCAAAUUGUGGAUAGUGCUAUGGGCCUAUGAAGUCAAAAGUGUCAGCACUUUUUAGUUGAAUUGAUUUCAAAUAAGUGCUAUUUCAUGGUAUAGAAAAAGCCAACCCACUACACUUCAGCAUUGGUAUCUCAUAAAGGAUGUAAAUGGGAUGUAUUCUCUAGUAGUGUGAGAAAGCAAAAAUAGAAGCACAGAGCAUAUUUCUAUAUAUUUUAUGCAAAUGUUUCUUUUAAUUACCUGGGAAAUUAAGUUAGAAAAUACGUUAUAUAAAACCUGUGUGUAAAUAUUUUUUUUCCUUCUGCCACCUCAGUAACUCCCCCAAAGUAAAUAUUAACAGAGUUCAUAAGAUGUUAUCAUGAUGUUACUAGCAGCAGAUAUUCAACAUUUAAUGGAUGAGGGAGGAGAGUAUAUUUAUAUCUAUAAUUUAUUUAUGCCAAAUGAUGCAGAAUUACCUAGGGGUUAAUAUUCAAGGUGUGCAUAUAUAAGACAAACCAGGCUCACACAAAUAUAUGGUAAAGGUCUUGCAUCACAAUAAAUGAGAAUGGAACACUG